AUGGCCCAUAGACAAGCCCGUUAUCAGCCUCUUGAAAGUGCCCCGGAAGUAGAACUGGACGGAGGCUACCUGUCCGACGAUGAUCCUAAGGCUUCCCAGACCUUCACCCUCCGCCCCGGUCCACCAGCAAGCGACGCCGCUUCGUCUAGCGAGGUCGCUUUGCUUGGCUCCUCCGCCGCUGGCACGUCCCCCAGACGACGAAAAUAUUCCGAUCCCGUGGCCAGCCGCUUCUGCGUCGGCCCCAAACUCACCAAGCAAUACAUCGCUUUCUCCGUCCUCAUCUUAGCAGUCGUUGUCUCGGUCAUUGGCGGCGGUGGCCACUGGUUCUAUACUAAGGGUCAGAUCAAUGGGCAGUCUCCGCCAUGGUACCCGACACCGCCAGGCGGGACACUGCCAGCAUGGCAAAUCAGCUACGACAAGGCUCGGAAGUUGGUUGAGCGCAUGAGUCUCGUGGAAAAGGUCAACAUCACCACGGGCACAGGAUGGGCAAUGGGACUUUGUGUGGGUAAUACUGCUCCUGCACUGAGUGCUGGGUUUCCUGGCCUGUGUCUCCAGGAUGGACCUCUGGGGAUACGAUUUGCAGAUCAUGCUACUUCCUUCCCUGCUGGUAUCACGGUGGGUGCCACCUGGAACCGUGAUCUGAUGCGUCGCCGUGGCGCCGCUCAUGCCCAUCAGGCCAGGCUCAAGGGCGUCAACGUUAUUCUCGGGCCGGCAAUGGGACCAUUGGGUCGGAACCCAGCCGGUGGCAGAACGUGGGAAGGGUUUGGGAGCGAUCCAGUCCUGCAAGGCGUUGCUGCAUACGAGACCAUUCAAGGCAUCCAGUCACAAGGGGUCAUGGCCACUGCAAAACACUACAUUGGCAACGAGCAAGAGCAUUUCCGUCGGGGUCUGGAGUGGGGUCUUCCAGAGGCUCUUUCUUCCAACAUCGAUGAUCGCACUUUGCACGAAGUCUAUGCCUGGCCAUUUUCCGAGAGUGUAAGAGCUGGCGUGGCCAGCAUCAUGUGUUCUUACCAGAUGGUCAACAAUUCCUAUGCUUGUGCGAACAGCAAAUUGAUGAAUGGGCUCUUAAAGGAUGAACUCGGUUUCCAAGGCUUUGUCCAGUCAGACUGGUUGGCCCAACGCAGCGGGGUCGCUAGUGCUCUUGCGGGCCUCGACAUGUCCAUGCCCGGUGACGGGCUGUAUUGGCAGGAUGGAAGAUCACUCUUUGGUGAGCAGCUGACCAUCGCAGUGCUCAAUGGCUCUCUUCCCAUGACUAGGCUCAACGAUAUGGUCACACGGAUCGUUGCUGCGUGGUAUCAGCUUGGGCAAGAGUCCUGGACCUCUGAAGGACCCAAUUUUUCCUCCUGGACGUACGACGAGUACGGCUAUCCACAUGCUGGGAGCAGUAGUAAACAAGAAAAGGUCCUCGUCAACAAGUAUGUCGAGACAGAGAGUGACGAAAGUCGACAAUUAGCUCGAGAAGUUGCAAGUGAGGGCACCAUCUUGCUGAAGAACGAAGAUUCAAUCUUGCCGUUGAGUCCUACUCUUUCCGAGUUGGGAGCUGGUAGCCUCAAGCGAGUCGCCAUUAUUGGGGAGGAUGCCGGCCCUGGAAAAGGACCGAACUACUGCGAAGAUCGAGCUUGCAAUCAAGGUACUCUGGCUGUGGGUUGGGGCUCAGGUGCGACCGAUUUUACCUACCUUGUGGACCCGCUCACGGCGCUGAACUCGAGCUUCGACCUGUCCACGGUGGAAAUAACCAGCUCCCUUGGCAAUAAGGUGUCUUCCAGCCUGAGGAGGGCGCUCAAGGAGCAAGACUUAUGUCUGGUCUUUGGUAACGCAGACGCGGGCGAAGGCCAUCGCAUCUGGCAUAGUCAACGUGCGGACAGAAAUGACCUGGAGAUCCAGAAGGGCGCAGGCCAGUUGAUCCGCACAGUGGCCGAUGAAUGUGGUGGUCCUGUCGUGGUGAUCAUCCACUCUGUUGGUCCUGUCACCCUCGAGAACUUUGCCGAUAUGCAAUCCGUCAAGGCCAUUGUCUUUGCGAACCUGCCCGGUCAGGAAAGCGGAAACGCCCUUGCAGACGUCCUGUUCGGACGGACCGAUGCCUCCGGACGGCUUCCAUAUACGGUCGGUAAGUCCCUUGUGGACUAUGGUCCAGGUGCUCCAGUGCUUUAUUAUCCGAAUGCCAUCAUCCCACAGGUGGAUUUCAAAGAAGGCCUGUUCAUCGAUUAUCGACAUUUUGACAAGGCAGGCAUUGAGCCCCGUUAUCCUUUCGGUCAUGGAUUGUCCUUCACCACCUUCGAGUUUUCUGACCUGGUGGUUACAAGUCUGAAACCGAAAUCGGCCCUCCCUUCUCCGAGGCCUGCAACGCUGACCCCCCCAAAUUUUGACGACACCAUCCCUCCUGUUGAGAGUGCGCUCAUCCCAAGUACAUUCUCAAAGAUUCGAAAGUUCGUUUAUCCGUACAUAUCUGGAGCAGACCAAAUCAAGAAAGGCAAGUAUCCGUAUCCUGAUGGGUAUGACAUCGUUCAGGAACCCAGUGCAGCCGGAGGCGGUGAAGGUGGCAAUCCUGCUUUGUUUGAAGAAUAUGUGACCGUUCAAGUGCGUGUCACGAAUACAGGAAGUCGCAAAGGAAAGUCGGUGGUACAACUGUAUGUGUCAUUCCCUGCCGCGAUCAAGGAACAAUCCACGAAUGAGAUCAUCGAAACACCAGUGAGGAUGUUGCGGAACUUCACAAAGAUCGAGCUUGAGGCAGGAGCAGACCAAGUCGUCAAUCUCAGUCUGACACGAAAGGACUUGAGCUACUGGUCCGUGGUCCAACAGAACUGGGUGAUGCCCGACGGCCCGUUCACCCUGGAUGUGGGUCGCAGUUCGAGAGAUCUGCCUCUGCAGGGAACAUAUUGA